UUGUGAUAAUAGCAUCUUUUAAGUAUGCAUCUUUGUGAUUGUAGCUUGAGGGACCUAAUCAUCAAUUUGAGCUCUUCAUGAAGUUAGUGAGUGGAUUAUCUUAUAGGUCUUUUCCUCAUCUUUAAGGAGAAAUGUAUAUUUCUUCUUUUCUCAAAAACUUAAACUAAAAACUGAAAUGGCUCAAAUCCUUAUGCACCCAUGUUUGGUGGAUGUUGUUUAUUGUAGAUGUAUUUCCGUCCGUUCCUUUUUGCUACUGUUCUCUUACUGUUCAAAUAGAUAAAUGUGCAAAGGCAGCUACUGUAAAAAUAGAGGUUUAAGUAGUCAUACGUAGUAUUCUUUUAGAGGAUUCGGUAUUGUAAGAAUGAUGAUAGAGGGAACAAAGUAGUCAACAGAUCUUUAAGCCAAUAUAUCUUAUGCCUACAAGCUUAUGGUAUAAUUCUUUUCUGUUGACUCUAUUAGUUGAAAGAUAUAAAGCUACUUUCCCUAUUAAAGUUGAGUUGUCAGUGCAGGAUUCAGCUUCCUUGAUCUCUCUUCUGCAUCAUCACUUCUUUUAAGCGGUGAAUAUGGUGGUCUUUUGAAUGCUAUUCCACAGUUACCAAGACGAAGCCAAUUGUCCUUUUCCCCAAGAGCAUCGAAAGAUGUCCCCUAUAGUUACAGAUUCCCUCCUAUGACCAAAAAGCCAAGGUGGUGGUGGAGAACCUUAGCAUGCCUCCCUUACUUGAUGCCUCUUCACGAGACUUGGAUGUAUGCUGAGACAGCAUAUCAUCUCCAUCCCUUCUUGGAAGAUUUGGAGUUUCUGACAUACCCUUUCCUGGGAGCUAUUGGGAGAUUACCGAGCUGGUUUUUGAUGGCAUACUUCUUUGUUGCUUAUCUUGGUAUAGUGAGGAGAAAAGAAUGGCCUCAUUUUUUUAGGUUUCAUGUGGUGAUGGGGAUGCUACUUGAGAUUGCACUGCAGGUUAUUGGGACUAUAAGCCGUUGGAUGCCACUUGCAGUAUACUGGGGCAAGGUUGGUAUGCACUUUUGGACGGCUGUUGCAUUUGCCUAUCUGUUCACAGUUUUAGAGUCCAUAAGAUGCGCACUUGCUGGGAUGUAUGCUGAUGUACCAUUUGUGUGUGAUGCAGCUUAUAUUCAAAUACCCUAUGAUUAAUGAAAGCCAACACAUAGGAUGUAAACAGAUGAGAUCAUGUUUGUUAUGCCUUUUUUGUAGGACGUUGAGGCUAUAGAAUUUUUAACUUGCAAUGAUUACGUUGUCUUGGGAAAUGCCUUAUGGUCUGUAACACUCACUUUAUACAGCUGCUGUGCUUUUCUCUCCCAUCUUUCGAAGGUAUUGAUUAAGUUCUUA